AUGUAUCAACAGAAUCAUUUUAUUAUUUCUUCUAAUGAUUCUAACAAAAAUCCAUUUUUGGCGCGAAACACUAAUUUAUAUUCUCAAAUUAUAUCAGAGUGCCCGUGUUUUGUGAUAUCCGGAAACUCACAAGGUAUUACAGCAAGGGACAUGUGGUGUGAAAUCAAAGAGCGUGGAUCGUUUGACCACCUAAAUUCCGAACACGUAUCAACACCUUCUGAACCAGGUUCACUUAUUGGGGCAGCCGUGACAGCUUCUUUGACUAUUCCUGCAGGAACUGUACAAAGUGUUACAUUUUCUGUGGCAUGGGCUUGCUUAGAAAUAAACUUUCAAGCAGGAAGAACCUAUCACAGGCGUUAUACUGAAUUCUAUGGCACCCAUGGUAACAUGGCAUCAAGCAUUUCUCAUGAUGCUAUUGUUGAACGUUUUCGUUGGGAGUCAGAAAUUGAAGCAUGGCAAAGACCUAUUCUCGAAGACAAGAGACUUCCUGAAUGGUACCCGCCCACACUUUUCAAUGAACUGUACUAUCUUAACUCAGGGGGAACAAUUUGGACAGAUGGAACUCCACCAAUACAUAGUAUACGUACUGUUGGUGAAAGAAAGUUUUCACUUGACAGAUUAGGCUCAAAUAGUAGUCGUACAGUCAAUACCACUGAGGGAAAUGACACAGCAAUAGACAUCCUUGAAAGAAUGACAUCAAUGCUUCAGGAUGUUCAUACUUCUGCAUCAAUGAGUUCUGCUCUCGGAACAAACUUGCUCCAGAAAGGAGAGGAAAAUGUGGCCAGUUCCUCUACCUUGAAGGGGAUUGAAUAUCACAUGUGUAAUACAUAUGAUGUCCACUUUUAUGUUUCAUUUGCAUUAACCAUGUUGUUUCCCAAACUUGAACUCAGCAUACAAAGAGACUUUGCUGCCGCAGUGAUGAUGCAUGAUCCUAGUAGGAUGAUACUUUUACAGGACGGAACAUGUGUCCAGAGAAAAGUUCUUGGUGCUGUUCCUCAUGAUAUUGGAAUGAGAGAUCCAUGGAUUGAAUUAAACUUUUACAACCUUCACAAUACAGAUAGGUGGAAAGACUUGAAUCCGAAGUUUGUCCUCCAAGUUUACCGAGAUGUGGUUGCCACAGGCAAUAAAGAGUUUGCUCGAGCAGUGUGGCCAUCAGUCUAUGUUGCACUGGCUUACAUGGAACAGUUUGACAAGGACGGAGAUGGCAUGAUAGAAAAUGAAGGGUUUCCAGAUCAAACAUACGAUACAUGGUCUGUAACUGGUGUGAGUGCAUACUGUGGUGGCCUAUGGGUUGCAGCUUUGCAGGCUGCUUCAGCAAUUGCACACGUGGUUGGGGACAAGGGUUCUGAAGACUACUAUUGGUUUCGGUUUGAGAAAGCAAAGAAGGUGUAUGAAAAGUUGUGGAACGGAUCUUAUUUUAUUUAUGAUAACAGCGGCAGCAGUACAAGCUCAUCCAUCCAGGCUGAUCAAUUGGCUGGACAAUGGUAUGCUCGAGCGUGUGGUCUUUUACCCAUUGUUGAUGAAAUAAAGGCAAAAAAAGCUCUUGAGACAGUAUACAACUUCAAUGUAUUGAAGGUGAAAAAUGGGCAGGUAGGGGCAGCAAACGGGAUGCUUCCAAAUGGAGAAGCUGAUAUGUGUACAUUGCAGUCGAGAGAAAUAUGGAGUGGGAUUACAUAUGCUGUUGCGGCAGGCAUGAUCCACGAAAAUAUGGUAGAAACAGCAUUCAAAACUGCAGUGGGUGUCCAUGAAGUAGCCUGGGCAGAUGAGGGUAAAGGAUACGUUGAAUAUGCAUUCCAGACGCCCGGGGGUUGGGACUUUGAAGGGCGGUACAGAUCUCUUGGUUACAUGCGACCUCUAACGAUCUGGGCGAUGCAAUGGGCACUAACACGACAGAAUAAGUUGCCAUUGCCGGAACUGAAGGAAGAGAUCACCGAAGAAGCUGUGGUGAAGAAGCAACAUGAUGGAUUCACCAGAGUGGCUCGUCUGCUCAAGCAGUCCGAGGAACCCGAUUCCAGGAGCCUUUUCCAGGUCGUCUUUGAUUACACUUGCAAAAGGAUGUUGGCCUGA